AUGGAAUGUUAUGCAUUGGAUGAAGAAGCUUGUUUGAGACUUGUUACUGAAAUUUGUAAAUCAAAAAGUCUCAAAUCAAUAUCUUUGCGUAAUUGUAAAAUGAAUGUUGAAUGUGGUCAAAUUUUGGUCAACUCGCCAUUGGUUAAUCAAUUAGAAUCACUUUCAUUAGCAAAUUGCGGUUUGAAGAAUGAGUGUAUUCAACUCAUUUGUGAUUCAAUGAAGAAUUUGACAGAAUUGGAUGUUUCAGCAAGUUAUUUAACAUAUGAAAGUGGCCUCAAGGUUAUUGCUACUUCUCCAAAUAUGAAGAAUUUGAAAACUCUUAAUAUUGGUUGCGUGUAUGGUAUUCCAAAUGAUGUUGCUCGUCUCUUUGAAACAUUGACUCAAUUGACUUCACUUGACAUUAGUAAAUACAAAAUUGGAUUGAGGGGAUGUAAAUCAUUAAGUGAAUCAUUCAAGAGUUUAACAAGUUUACAUGUUUGGGAUUGUGAGAUUGGAGUUGAGGGUGCUAAAUGUUUGAGUGAAAUCAAGACUUUGAAACAGUUGACUUGUCCAUCAAAUGAUUUAGGUGUUGAAGGUUCUAAACAUAUUGGAACAAUGACUCAAUUGAUCUUUCUAAAUAUUGGUUUAAAUAAUAUUGGAGCUGAAGGUGCUGAACAUAUUUCCAAGUUGGUCAAUUUGAAACAAUUGUUUAUAACUGCCAACUCAAUUGGAGGAAAAGGUGCUAAACAUAUUGCAGAGAUGACCAAUUUAACAGAACUCCAAAUUACCUCCAAUGAUAUCGGUGAUGAAGGUGCCAAAUCACUCAGCAAACUUCUUAAAUUGAGAAAAUUAUGUUGUAAUAACAAUGGAGUUGGAAAUGAAGGAGCCCUUGCCAUUGCUAAUAAUUUAAUUGAAUUGGAAAAGAUUGAAUUGAAUGAUAAUCCGAAUGUUAUUGAUGAGGGAGCUAAGGCAAUUAUUGACCUGCCAUUUGUCAAAUCUGUUGAACUUUCUCGUGAUAAUCUUAGUGAAGAAACUCAACAAUAUUGUUAUAAGAAAAUGCCACGUGGUUUACUCAUGUUUGCUAAAAGAGAUUGGGAAUAUGAUGGUGAAUUUGAUGAGUAA